GCGCCCGCGCGCUCCUUUGACCAGAGCAGCAUGACCUCGGAGCCGGACGAGGAGGAGGACGAUGACGACGAGGACGACGACGAUGAGGAGGAAGGCGGAGAGCUCGAGGACGGCACUGAUGGGACUGGCAAAGACGCCUGCGCUGCUCUGAAGUAUUUUCAUGCUCCCAAAGUUGCCCAGCACAACCAAAGAGUGGCUUCUACCUCCAGUCCUCUUCCAGCUCCGGGGCACCAGCGGGGACAGCAGGGAAAAGAAGAGCAGGGUAAAGACACUACUAAGCAAACGUAUUCCGGAUCCCCCUCCGGGCGCCAGACCUGGAGACUGGACGAGCAGCUCAAGCAGAACGGCAGCGUGACCUGGAACGAUGAAGGCGAUGGAUGCCGCGGAAGAGAAAUUUCACGAGACUUUGCCAAGCUCUAUGAACUGGAUAGUGACCCUGAGCGGAAAGAGUUCCUGGAUGAUCUCUUCAUCUUUAUGCAGAAGAGGGGAACGCCCAUCAAUCGGAUCCCCAUCAUGGCAAAGCAGAUCCUGGAUCUCUACAUGCUCUACAAACUGGUGACUGAGAAGGGUGGGCUGGUAGAAAUCAUCAACAAGAAGAUCUGGCGGGAGAUCACCAAAGGCCUUAACCUGCCCACCUCCAUCACGAGUGCCGCGUUCACGCUCCGAACGCAGUAUAUGAAGUACUUAUACGCCUACGAAUGCGAGAAGAAAUCCCUGAGCUCUCCUGCGGAGCUGCAGGCGGCGAUCGAUGGCAACAGGCGGGAAGGCCGGCGGCCCAGCUACAGCUCCUCGUUGUUCAGCUACUCGCCCGGCGCCGCGGCGCCUCCUUCCCUCCUGUCCCCCCCCAAGAUCCGCUUCCCGAUCAUCGGUGUCACGCCGGGCAGUGGGAGCAGCAGCCCCCGCAUGUCCCCAGCCGCAGCGCUCCGGAAAGGUGAUGGGGUGCCCUUGACCGUGACCAUGCCAAACCGUAUUGCUGUGCCAGUGACCUUGGCUAGCCAGCCCGCAUCCGUGGUGGCCAGAACAGCCACCCUGGAACAGCUGCGGGAGAGACUGGAAUCUGGGGAGCCUCCGGAGAAGAAGGUGUCGCGGAUGACGGAGGAGGAGCAGCGGCUCGUCCAGCAGGCUCUGCAGCGCAACCUCUUCAGCAUGGCACGGCAGAUCCCCAUGAAGAUCAAAAUCAAUGGCAAGGAAGAUAAACCGGACUCGGCAGCGGCGGCAGCUCUGAAUUUGUCACCGAACGGCAUUGGGAGCAUUAACAUGUCGGUGGAGAUCAACGGCACAAUUUACACUGGAGUGCUGUUCGCGCAGAAGCCCGUCGUCCACCUCAUCGCAGGCUCCAGCACCCAGAGCUCCUGCAGCAGCAGCAGCAGCUCCCACUGCUCUCCCAGCCCUACCUCGUCCCGGGGAACACCGAGCGCAGAGCCCUCCACCAGCUGGUCUCUCUGAUGGGGGCAGAGGCUGCUGUCUCGCACUGGCCUCCGGCAGCCCUGUCCCUGUGCGGGGCCACGGGAGCCGGGAAGGAGUCGCACAGAUUACCUCAUCUCAAGGAACCUGCUUUGCGGUUGGCCACGAUGAUGAUGCUGAGGGCUUUCCCUGCCAGCGAGUUCUAUC